UAGCCGCGAAGCGGAGGCAUGGCUGCCGGAAGGUUACUGCUCUACACGGGCCUCUCGCUAGCGCUCUGCGCCCUCGGCAUGCUGGCCGUGGCCAUCUGCUCGGACCACUGGUACGAGACGGACGCCAGGAAGCACAGGGACAGGUGCAAGGCCUUCAACACCCGCCGGGUCGACCCUGGCUUCAUUUACAACAACAACAACAACUUGCCGCUCCGGGCCAGCCGUUCGCGCCUGGACCGCUGGGAGGGCAAACUCCUCCGGGCCCGCAAUCGCCGGCAGCUCUUCGCCAUGAGCCCCGCGGACGAGUGCAGCCGGCAGUACAACUCCACCAACAUGGGCCUCUGGAGGAAGUGCCACCGGCAGGGCUUCGACCCGGAGAUCGCCGCCCUCAUUCGGAAAGGUAAGCGCUGGGCGCGAGGCGUGGCGCUGCGGGGAGCCCGGGGCCUCUGCGCCCCGCAGCCUCUCGCCUCUCUCCGCCUGGCACAGGCUGUCGUAUCUCCUGGUCCCAGGCCAUCCGCUCCUACAGGCCUGGCCGAGCCUCGGAGUGGCCAGAGCUUGCCUCUCAACAGCUGGUAG